GUAAGUGACACCGUAAAACAGAAUAAUACGAGCAGUAAAGCCACGCUCUCCUUCCCAAUUUCUCAGCUUCAGAGACAGAAACGCAAGAAAACCUUAAACCCCCCUUCUCUCUCUCUCUCUCUCUGCUCCGAUGGAUUUCCAAGUGGUCGUCUUAGCUGGUGGCACCUCAAAGAACCUUGUCCCUCUCGUCUCCAAGGAGGUUCCAAAAGCUCUGCUUCCUGUGGGGAAUCGUCCGGUUAUCUCGUACGUUCUGGAGCUCUUAGAACUCAGCAACCUUAAGGAUCUCAUUGUUGUGGUUGAAGGGCAGGAUGCGGCUGUACGCGUUGGCAGUUGGAUUUCAGGGGCUUAUGUUGAUCGUUUACAUGUUGAGGUUGCAGCAGUCCCUGAGGAUGUUGGAACAGCUGGUGCACUGCGGGCCAUUGCACACCACCUGACUGCAAAAGACAUUUUGGUUGUGAGUGGUGAUAUUGUCUCUGAUGUUCCUCCUGGUGCAGUAGCUGCUGCUCAUAGACGUCAUGAUGCAGUAGUAACUGCAAUGCUUUGCUCUGCUCCUGUAAGUGGACCUUCAGAAUCAGGAUCUUCUGUUGGAAAAGAUAAAGCCAAAAAACCUGGACACUACAAUAUCAUUGGGCUGGAUCCCACAAAGCAGUUUUUAGUGUACAUAGCAACCGUAGGAGCAGAACUUGGAAAAGAUAUUCGAAUUCAGAAGAGCAUACUCCGCGCAGUUGGCCAGAUGGAAAUUCGAUCUGAUCUCAUGGAUGCUCAUUUAUAUGCAUUCAAGAGGUCUGUUCUGCAGGAAGUUUUGGAUCAAAAGGAUACAUUUCAGAGUUUAAAGCAGGAUGUAUUGCCUUAUCUUGUUCGCUGCCAGCUGGUUAGUCCAAGUUCAGAAGUGUUGUUAAAUGGUGCACCACAAACAGAAGAAAACGGAAAUGAGAAGGCCAGUUCUCAGAACAACCAAUUAAUGCUAUCUCAAAUCCUGGCUAAUUCAUCCACUCCAAGUUUCCAUGAGCUCUAUGCCCUAGGUCCUAAUGGCACUACUCCUGUUCGAAGAACCCAUAAAUGCUGUGUUUAUAUUGCUGGAAAGAGCAAAUACUGUGUGCGUUUAAAUUCCAUUCAAGCAUUCAGUGACAUUAAUCGAGAUGUCAUAGGAGACGCUAGCCAUUUGUCAGGGUAUGCCUUCUCUGCACAAAAUAACAUCAUUCAUCCAUCAGCAGAACUUGGAUCAAAAACAACUGUCGGACCACAUUGCAUGCUUGGGGAAGGUUCACAAAUGGGUGACAAAUGUAGUGUUAAGCGAUCUGUUAUUGGCCGUCACUGCCGGAUAGGUUCUAAUGUGAAGGUUGUGAAUUCAGUUGUUAUGAAUCAUGUUACCAUCGGCGAUGGCUGUUCGAUCCAAAAUUCAAUUAUUUGCAGCAAUGUACAGCUCCAAGAUCGCGUUGUACUAAAAGAUUGUCAAGUUGGUGCAGGUUUUGUGGUUACUGCUGGUAGUGAGUGCAAAGGGGAGGCAUUGGCUAAGAAAGAGAAAUGAGCGAAAGGGAGUCCGUGGCCACGAAAUGAUAGUGGGAAAGUUUUAGUUUCUGUCUUGUGCUUCAAUAGAUUUUUUUGAUUGGUGGCAAUGAGCACAAAGUGAAAUGGGAAAGAUAAUCUCCGAGUGUAGCUUUUCGUCCCCAUCUGCCUUUUGAUUUUAUUGGUUCUCUCGUAUCUAAUCAAAGCAUUUCCAAUAUAUGUUGUCAAUUUAGAGAAUAGGUAGAGGACUAGCAUCAGUUUUGUCAAAUAGUUUCCUCGUAUCUAAGUUAUUAUCUCAAUGAGUUGUCAGGAGAAAGCCUUCUUGUAUUCGCAAUGAUUGUUUUUUGUAUUUGUAAUACAAAAAUCUAAUAUGGACU